UACUAAGAAGAAUUUCAUCAAGAGUUUUCCGAUAAGAUUAAGAAUCGACAUUAUCUAGUAAAAGUUGACAAUGGAAAGAAGUAUUGUAUUAGUUGAUAUGGACUGUUUUUAUGUUCAAGUUGAACAGAGAUUAAAUCCAAGUUUAAAAGGCAAACCAUGUGCUGUAGUUCAAUAUAAAAAAUGGAAAGGAGGAGGUAUUAUAGCUGUCGGUUAUGAAGCUAGAGCUUGUGGUGUAACAAGAAGUAUGAGGGGAGAUGAUGCUAAAGAAAAAUGUCCAAGUAUACAUCUUGUUCAUGUUCCAGAAGUUAGGGGCAAGGCUGAUCUCACUAAGUAUCGUGAAGCAGGAGCUGAAGUUAUCGAAGUGUUUUCUAAAUUUAGUGAUUGUGUAGAGAGAGCAAGUAUAGAUGAAGCAUAUAUUGAUAUGACAACAGAAGUAGAGAAAAGAUUAGAACAGUUUGGUUCAUCACAAAUAACUCCUGAUAAGUUAUCCAAUUCGUUUGUUGUCGGCCAUGAUGAAAAAGAUACACCAAGAGAAGAAGGAUUAAAAGAAUGGUUAUCUAAUAUACUAGAGAAUGAAGAGACUAAUCUAUAUAAUAUAAGACUUGCUAUAACAGCUAGUAUAGUAGAGGAAAUGAGAGCAGCAGUGUAUAGUAAAACUGGAUUUAGAUGUUCGGCUGGGAUAGCUCACAAUAAGAUAUUAGCUAAGCUGGCUUGUGGUAUGCAUAAACCUAAUAAACAAACAAUAUUUCCACAUGAAUCAGUACCUCAGUUAUUUUCUACAUUACCAUUACGUAAAAUUCGUAAUUUAGGAGGGAAGUUAGGAGAUUCAGUGGUUGAAGUAUUAAAUAUAGAAAAUAUUGGUGAAUUGACUCAGUUUUCACUAGAUUAUUUAAUACAGAAUUAUGGAGAAAAACAAGGUAAUUGGUUAUAUAAUAUCUGUAGAGGGUUUGAUUAUGAACCAGUGUCAGCUAGACAGUUAGCUAAAUCUAUUGGUUGUAGUAAAAAUUUUCCUGGUAAAACAUGUUUAGAUACUAGAAAAAAGGUACAACAUUGGAUAUCAGAAUUAUCAGCUGAAGUUACAGAAAGAUUAGUCAAAGAUAAAGAAAAUAAUAAGCGUUCAGGUAAAACAUUAACAGUAUCAGUAAGAUUAAUAGGUAACCAAUCAUUCAGUAGGACUUGUGCCUUAUUAAAAUAUGAUGAAAAGAAAAUAAGAGAUGAUUCCCUAGCUUUAUUACAGAAAUUCAAUACCUCACCUCCACAUCAAGAUUGUUGGUAA